AUGACAGCAGAGGUCACAUCUGGACCCACAAUAUGCCAGUAUUGUUGGAAGAAGAGUGGGGACAACUAUCGGGGCCAGGGGAUUUGGAUGGGUGCAUCUGGAUUCUGGAAUAAGGCCUCACGAAUUUCUUCUUGGGCGUAUGGCUGCAUCAGAGAUAAGUUCAUCUCUACUGGGACACAAAGGGAAAUAACAGAUAAGGUAUUCUGUAGAGCACUACAGAGAAUGCCAUGGGAAAGGAAAAUAUCACCAAAGUAA